GCCGGAAAGUCUGUGUCUUCUCCAUUUCGGCGUCGAGGGUUUAACCAAAAGCCCCAAACUUUCCUUCAAAAUGACGACCCUUUCUUCAAUUUCUCGGUUCCUCUCUUCCUCCAUUCGCCUAAAAAAUCACAAGCUCUCAAUCUCUCACUUCUCUACUGCCUCGUCGGCAGAGACGGUCUACAAUCACCUCCAGAAAAAUGGUGGCAACAUUGAGAAAACCCUAGCCUCAAUGAGGCUCAAUUUGGACUCCAAAUGUGUAAGUCAGGUUUUACAUAGAUGCUAUCCCACCCAAUCCCAAAUGGGUCUCAGAUUUUUCAUAUGGGCUGGGGUUCACUCCAGUUAUAGGCAUAGCUAUUUUAUGUUCAGCAAAGCUUGUGAAUUGUAUAGGAUUAGGCAAAACCCAAGUGUGAUUUUUGAUGUUUUGGAGGCUUAUAGUGUUGAAGGUUGCUCUGUUAAUAUGAAAAUGUUUAAAGUUGUUUUCAAUAUGUGUAAAGAAGCUAAGCUUGCUGAUGAGGCUUUGAGGGUUCUGAGGAAAAUGCCGGAGUUUGGGCUGCGAGGGGAUAAUGUAGUGUAUAAUGUUGUUAUAAGGUUGUUUUGUGAUAAGGGUGAUUUGGAUAUGGCUGAGAGUUUGGUGAAGGAGAUGAGUAUGGUGGAGCUUUAUCCGGAUUUGAUCACAUACAUGGUGAUGAUUAAAGGGUUGUGUAAUGUGGGUCGGUUGGAUGAUGCGUGUGGGUUGUUUAAGUUUAUGAAGGAAAAUGGUUGUUUGCCUAAUGUUGUGGUGUACUCGGCCCUUCUCGAUGGAUUCUGUAGGUUUGGGGAUAUGGAGAGAGCCUUGAAGUUGUUAGAGGAGAUGGAGAAGGAAGGUGGGGAUUGUAGUCCUAAUGUAGUAACAUAUACAUCUGUGAUUCAAUAUCUUUGUGACAAGGGUCAGUCAGUGGAGGCAUUGCUUGUUUUGGACCGAAUGGAAGCUCGUGGUUGUUUACCAACUCGCGUCACGGUUAGUUCUUUGAUCACGGGUUUUGUUAAGGAGGAUCAAGUUGAGCAGGCUUAUAAGUUGGUUGAUAGAGUUGUUGAAAGUGGAAGUGUUACAAAAACUGAUUGCUAUAGUUCUCUUGUUGUGGCUUUGGAAAGAGUCAGAAAACCCGAGGAGGCAGAGAAAGUCUUUAGGACGAUGCUUGAUAGUGGGGUCAAACCAAACAGUUUGGUGUCUACCAUUAUGUUAAAAAAACGUUGUUUGGAGGGACGUAUGGUGGAUGCAUAUUGCUUGUUUGAUGAACUUGAGAAGAUGGAAUGCUUAUCUUCUAUUGAUUCUGAUACUUAUUCUAUUCUUUUAGUGGGGCUUUGUCAGCAAAGACACUUAAUGGAGGCUGCAAAGCUUGCAAGGGUAAUGCUGAGUAAAGGAAUUAAACUAAAAGCUCCAUAUGUUGAUAUUAUAGCUGAGGUCCUGAUGAAAUCUGGAGAUGAGGAGUUACUGGAACAAUUGACAAGAAAUGGAAGGUGACAUUGAAGAAAAGAUAAUAUUCAACUGUCUCCUUGGCUCUUGUUUGUUAAGAAACUGGCUCUCGUUUGUUGACCUGGGUGCUUCAGCUAUAGAAGAAAACAAUUCUUGAGUUGAGUUGGUAGUGUUUGCAACAAGCGAGUACUUGUUCCAAUCUGGCAGAGAAAACAAUUACUGGAAGUGGAAGUGAAUAAAGGUAGAUCCUGGUAAACAUUGAAUUCAUGUGAUUUUGUGUUAUUCUAAAUUAUUCAUCUAUUAUCUGAAAGCUAUCUCAAUGGCAUAACGAAUACUGUUCAUAAGUUUUAGGAUUUUGCUCCACAAUCCUAGUUAAAUAUAUCACUCCACAGGUCAUAGUUGCUUUUUAACAAGUAAACUGCAUAGCUCUGUUUAUAUUUUGUGGUUCAUUAUUUGCUUUCAGUUUGUGUGUCAUGUAAGGGAGUGGAGUUGAACAUAGUGACUGCUGAUAUCCAGAUGCAAUUAUGUCUUUUAUAUUCCUCAUACCGUGUAUGUAAGAGCAUAGGUUUUUUGCUAGCAUCGAUAAUGGCAGUCUCAUUUCUUGGUGAUCUGUGAUUGUAUGUUGCAGUUUCUGUUGGUUGUUUUUUUUCUCUCUCUCUCUCAUAGAUGCACUUCUUUACAUAUGUUUUUCUUUUCUUCUUUGCUUUUAUGGAUUCAAGGUCAUGAAGAGGGUUAUCCUUUCAAGUAUCGAAGCACUUCAAGGUUUUUCUCUUUGUGCACCUUGUGCCUGUACUGCUUUUCGGCCUCUUUGUGCGGAAUGCAUUAAUGGCUUUCUAACACUGACUUCAUUUACAUAAGUUUUCUCUCACCCUGAUAGAUCUACUGGUUAAGAUGACAUAAUUAUAAAAGCUGGACUGACUUUGAGGUAGCUUAUUGAAUUGGUAUAGAUUGUAUAGUUGAUAAAUAAUGAAGGAAAGCCAUGCACUUCUACUCUGGUCUGUUAGCCUAAUUGCAGAAAAUGUGAUUGAGUCAGAAAAUCUGUUAGCAUUCAUCUAUUCAUGAGCUUUUUCUGUUUAUUGUUAAUAGUUUUCCUAUAUGUAUUGUUGAGACUUGAGAUUAUAUCUCAUACUGGGAAUGUAAAGUCGUGCUUACAAAAGGACUUGGGGUCUCUCCAGCCAUUGCCAAUUGGGUUCAGGUUGGAUGCAUAAAUCUCUUCAUUUAUUUUAACCUGUUUUCUGAAGUUCAAUAUCUUGGUGUCAAGUCAUUAUCACUGUCGUCGAUCUCAAAUCACGAAAUUACAUGGCUAACUAAGAUAGAGCAUUAGAAGCACUGUGCUGAGGUUAUUUCAAUACAUAAGCUUGUGAUGUUGAUAGAUCAAACCAUUUUUCUCCUAUUUCUUUUAGGGAGGGCAAAAAUAUCUAGCCAGGUACCUGCCACCGACCCUCAACUUCCCCCUUCCUGCCUCCCUUAUAGGGAACAAGAGAGCGAGGAUGAAGGACAACUGAGCUCUAUGGACAAACCUUUACACUGUGGACUGGAUUAGUUUGGAAACCUUAAAAGAACCUGAGAGGUCUGGAUUUGUGGUCCAGGAAGUCAUUUAGGAAUCUCUGAACGUCAUAUUAGAAAGUAUGUGGUGCCUUGAUAAAAGAUUUGCAUCAAGAAAUGGCAAUCAGAGUGGUAGUUUACUGAGUAAAGUAUGCGGUGCCUUGAUAAAAGAUUUGCAUCAAGAAAUGGCAAUCAGAGUGGUUGUUACUGAGUAAGUGAAGUUCAUCAUAAAGUUGGUGAGUUACAAUGGGGAGCAAGCUGUACCUCGGUUUGAAGCACCAACAGCAGUACUUGAAGGUUCAUCCUAUCCAGGUGCUUCUCAUCAACUGAAAGCUUCUCUAGUUAGCUACUGGGGCUGUUUGCCUUACUGUUGAAUAAGAUUAUUGCAUGAACUUUAUUUUUGGUCAUUGGAUGAUCAAAGUAACUGUAUAUGAAAUCUAUUAUUUGCCCUCAUCAUCAUAUUUUGAAACUCCA